AUGGCGCCACUAAAGCUGACUCCAAGUAUCAGCGAAAUUGAGAACAAUGUCAAUGCAACAUUGUCAAACACGCUUGAGAAAGACCACACUGAUUACGAGCAAGUCGAUAAAGAGCUUGCCAAGUACAUUGCCGAUGCUAGAAUCACCAUUAGCCAAGAAAAGAAUAUCGAGUUACGUCGGAAAAUCGACCGACGUAUCUUGGUGGUGAUGAUAUCAACAUAUUUUUUGCAGGCCAUUGAUAAGGGUACAAUGUCUUUUGCCUCUAUUAUGGGCAUUAAAGAUGACACGCACCUGAGUGGGCAAGAUUAUAACUGGUUGACGACUUGCGUCUUCAUCACGAUCCUCAUUGUUGAAUACCCUCAAAAUUAUAUAAUUUCCAAAGUUCCGAUUGGCAAGUAUCUUGGCUUCAAUAUUGUUGCAUGGGGUUCCGUCUUAGCCUGCACUGCAGCGUGUACGAACUUUACCGGACUCCUUGUAGUGCGCACCUUACUUGGCCUUUUUGAAUCAGUUUGUCAACCAUCGUUUGUCAUCUUAUCCUCAAUGUGGUACAGGCGGGAGGAGCAAGCUGCUCGGGUCACUUAUUGGUACAUGAUGAAUGGCGCACAGCAAAUCGUCGGUGGCCUCCUCGCCUACUGUUUUAGCCUUAUCAAGACUGGGCCUUUACAGUCGUGGAAGUGGUUAUUCCUCAUCUAUGGGGCCAUCUCUAUCGUUUUCGGGCUUUUUGUUGCAUGGUGGAUGCCUGAUUCGCCUAUGCGAGCCAAAUGCUUCAGCGAAGAGGAUAAAACGCUCAUGAUUGAGAGAGUCCGAGACAACCAGACAGGCAUCCAAAACCGAAAAUGGAAGAAAUACCAGUUUAUCGAAGGCCUGAAAGAUCCCCAGAUCUGGGGCUAUUGUUUGAUCCAGCUCUGUACUACUCUACCUACAUCGGGCCUGGGCGCUUUCCAAGGCAUCAUUAUCCAGAGUCUGGGAUUCACAGUGCUACAGACCCAAUUGCUAGCCAUGGUGCUUGGGUUUUAUAUCAUCAUUGUACUCCUGGGCUCAACUUACUUGGUUAAAUUGACUAACCAAAACCUAUCUAUAAUGGGCGCAUUUGUGAUCCCAUCUUUCAUCGGUACCAUUUGCCUCAUGACAGUCUCUCUAGAUACGAAGAGUCAAAAAAUUGGACUCGUGGUCUGUUAUAAUAUUACCAUGUCUUUCUGGGCUGCUCAAACUCUAGCAUUGUCUCUGCUAUCGCGAAAUGUUGCUGGGCAAACAAAAAAGAGCGUUGCUGUCGCUCUGAAUUUUAUCUUCUGGGCUACGGGCAAUGCAAUUGGCCCUCAAGUAUUUCUUUAUUGGAACGCUCCUCGAUAUUUCAUUGCUUUUGCUACUCACCUUGGGUGUUAUACUUUGCUUGUCAUUGUGAUCAUUUCUUUGCGCUUUUACCUAGUUUGGGAGAACAAGAAACGAGAUAAUCUGGCGGCCGCUGGAGUUUAUCAGGCGCGAGAUGAGCGAAUGCUGCAUGCAUGGGAAGAUUUGACGGAUAAGGAGAAUGUCAACUUUCGCUAUGUCUAUUAA